AAAAUGUGCCUUCACUGAAAAAACUAGCGACAAUUUUGAGGGUUUGGGCUUCCACAAGGUUCGAGACAAUUUGCGAGACAGAAGCAAAUUGUCAAAUGCCAUUUUUCAAUUAUUGCAUUUUGAUUGCAGUUUUGGACAUUUAUGUAGAAGAAGCUUCCGCUAGCUGUUGGUCCCCAAAUACAUAACCUGUGGUUGCUGGUUACGGGGGUGCGCGGGAGCAAAGGAAAAGGUUGAGGAUGGACCCGAAGACGGACAGGCUGGUGAGGAGGUUGACGAUGGUUGGAACUGCGACGGCUACUUAUUUCCUUCUUACCGCCGACUAUGGCCCUUAUCCGAACGCCCUCGACCCUGUACUGAUCAAGGAUGUGAUACAGUCUGCUCAACAUUCUGUAAAGAAGCUUAUUUUUAAGACAGGAGAGGAACCUCACAAUGAAGACAGUGAGCCCAAUUCUGGGCAUGGGAAAGGUCGGGCAUAGUUCUACUGACUAAUAUGCUGGUGAGUAGGAUUCUUAGUCUCAGAAUGAGGUGCUAGGAUACAUGUUCACUCCAAACAUUUUUGUUCACGAGCUAGAUAUCUUAUCCUUUUCAGUAUGACCUAUGAUUAGGAUUGAUGUUAUGAAUUAUUUUAGCUGAUCAACCUUGAGUUGCCUAUUCAGUUUUAUCACUUUAUGCAUACCCUCUGAGCAUAUUUGUUCGUACUAGAAAAGCUGUACCCUGUUAGUAUAUACUAUGGCAAUCAUUUGAAUAGUUUUAUUUUCUUCUCCA